AUGAUUGUCCCACAAGAUGCCGGGAGAGGCUGGGUCCUGUCAGUACAGCCCGCCGAUGACUCUCCAGACAUCAAUUGCUCGCCCUCGUAUGGGCUCCAGAUUCGCGCAGCAUUUAAUUUCGAGAGGGACUCCCUAUCCAAGUUCAGUAAGGAUCUGAACAAACUGGGUGUUAUAGGGCACCACGGGGCUCCUGGCUUUCCGACGUACAUCUUCCAAGGAACAAAUGACAAAGUUGUGGGUGAUGUCGAAGUUACGAAGAAACUCGUGCGCCACCUCUGCGGUAAGGGUACUGUUGUUCAGUACCACCAAUAUCCCGGCCUGGACCACAUGCAGACCUUUGUGAACGGGAAUACUGACGCUUGGAGAUGGAUUCUCAGCCGCUUUCUGGGUAUUAAGGCCACUGAAUGUCGCCUACCGGACUUGAACGCUGUCAUUCCUGGACCUGGUGGUGGACUGACGCAGGUAGAAGAUGAUCUAGCCAUAGUCGAUGCUGCAGAUGCCCAAAUCCCCCUAAAGGCUGACCUGAAAUGA